GUAAUUUGGCCGGCACACCGUGUACACUGUCAGCGCGGCUGUUUGCUUCUCGCGCAUUUCCGCCAGCCAUCUCCCGUUAACGCAAACAACCGGCAUCGCUGUCCCACCUUAUCAGCGCCCUCCCCGCAUGCUUUCGUGUUGAUCCCGGCGGAAGAACAAGCAGCGAUAAAUGCCGGUGCACCGUGAUUUACAGCGUGUACAGGCGUGAUUUACACGUAGUGGGUGUUGCGAAAUCUUGUCCCGCGAGUGAUGGUGGGCGUCGGUGUUGAUUUAAGCGACAUGACCGCUGCGUGCACUGUUGACUAGCCGGCCAGUUGUAUUAUACGCCAUGGUACGGAAGACGGCCGCUGUUGCAUGAGCGCUGAAUAAAUACAGACCGUCAUUGCCGGUGCCGGCCACGCGGAUGCCGGAAACGGCGAGAAAACUGGUAUUUUCAUCGUAUUUCUCCGCCACUCGACGGCGCAGCUUGACUGACGGAUUGCCAGCAACAAGCGCCACUCGGCAUCUGACUCGGCCACUUCCCACUCGGUGUCAAGUUUACACGACACACCGAUCAAUUGCACGGAUCCGCUCGUAGCAAUCUCUAUACGCAUCUCCCUUCAUUAACGCCCUCUUGCUUGUAAUUGCUCAAUCUCGCAUGAUGGAUCGACCGUCCAAGCCCAAGAAAAAAGGCUUCUCCAUCUUCCCCUGGGACUGGAAUGAUAAGCCGGAGAAACGCCCGCCGCCCAAGCCCGCUGCCGGGAAGAAGGAGCGGGACGCCAAGAGCGCCACGGUGUCGUCGCGCACCUCCCGCACCAAACCGUCCAGCGCCGCUGACCUCCCGCCGCAGCCGGCGCCCCGCUCCAAGCGCCCGGGACUCUCCCUGUCCCCCUCGCGUACACGACCGACGGAAGUAGUCAAACCCGAGAAGUGCCGGGACGCCUCCCCGGUGCGGACCCGGAGGAGCGAGAGCCCGGUGGUGGUGCGCCGCGCCCAGCCGCCCUCGCCGUCCACCUCCAGCGCGCGUUCCUCCGUGGUGAAACGGGAGCCGGUGGUGGAGCGGGUGGUGAUGCGGGAGACGGUGAGCAAGCGCGCGGCGGACGGGGGCGGUGGGCGGCGCGUGGAAGUGGUGAGCCAGCCGGUCGCGGUUCCGGUCGCCAGCGUCAAGAGUGCAGUGAAGCCGGCCAGCGACAAGGACGGCGUCCGCCCGACCAGUUUGAGCAUGACGCUGACGGGGGCCAGUGUGCCGGCGCUGUACGGUAGUGCGUGGGAUACCGGUCGCACCGGCAUCGCCUCCAAGGAGUCGGCCAAUCUGACGUUUGAGGGAGCAGUGCUGGUGCUGAUCCGGCUGCGCAGGAUCGAGUCGCAGCUGCACCGCACGCGGGACCGCUUCGUCAAGGAGCUGGAGCUGUUCCGGGGAUGGAGCGACGAGCGUUACGUGUACGUGCUGGAGCAGAUCGCGAAAAGCAAUCAGCAGAUGGACGAACUGGAGCCGCUGAUCGCCUCCCUGGAGGCCUUCAUCAAGGAGCAGCAGAGCGGGCCGCUCUUCGUCCCGGAGCACGAGGUCAUCCGCUACCCGCUGCUGCCGACGGCCGCGCAGCCGCCGCCACGGCCACCGCCCGCCGGCCGCGACGCCGUGGAGCGGGAGCUGGACGAGUUGCGGCGCCAGGUGCGCGAGCUGCAGGUGGAGCGCGAUUAUUACAAGAGCGGCGGCGAGAACGAGUACGAAGUGUUGCGCCCGGGACGGACGGCGCCCGCCGCCGGGGCGGGGACGGUAACGAGGGAGGACACUGUCAGCGCCCGCAGUUGGAAACUGGCCAGCCAUCCGCGUGAUGAGCCGGCUGCCAGUGUUACGCCGGCGCCCUUACCCGAAUAUAAGGGAAAUAACGGACUGCGCACCCGUUCCGCCAGUGAAUCCAGGGAGAAGCUGACGGCCUCAGCGUCCAGCAAGCCGCCGCACGCCCAGCCCGUGGCCCGCCCGUCGGCCCCCGACCCACCAGUGCGUGGCCACGCCCACAGCCACAGCAGCGCCAGCAGCAGCGCCGCCAGCGCCAGCGACGAGGUAUCGGUGGACGAGCCGUACAUGAGCCGCUACGCAGACUUUAACCCGUCGCCGGAAGAGAUGCCGACGGAGUUCGAGCGGAGUCUGAGCCAGCUGCAGGAGAUUAUGAAGGAGCUGGAGGAGCAGCCGCGCCGCUGCCCGAAUCUCAACUGUUUCGCCUCCGACCGGGACUCCCCGGAGGAGGCCGAGAGCCUGAAGGUCCUGUACCACUACUCCGCGCCCUCGCCGCCGCCCAAACAGAAGAGCGCCGCCCGCCGGCGCCGACACCACACCAUCUCCUCGGCCGCCGGUCGGGACAUCCUGGAGGCGGUGCGCAAGGCGGCGGACGACCGGGAGCACUACGCCGUGCCGGCCCCGAGCGGCAGCCAGAUGGAGGAGAUUUCCUAUGAUUUGCAGCUGCGACUGGAUUCCCCCGAGAAGAUUUAUAUUCCCGAGCGCUUCACGGAUUUCGAGGAGGAGCCGGAUGAUGCCAGUGUGAAGCGGGAGCGCCGUCUGAAGGCGGAGAACAUCCGCCGGAUGCUGGCCACCCCCGCACCAGGCGAGAGCGAUCGCCAGCAGAAGGAGCGCGAGAAGGUCCUCUUAAUGACGCCCAUAUUAGCGCGCGAGGUCACCGAGCGCAGCCGGCGUUUCGCCCGCCAGGCCGGCCGGCAGAAGGCCCUCUGAGCCGGGCGGUCAUCCUGGACUACACUGCUCCGCUGGACAUAACGCUGGUCACGUGACCGGCACAUCUUUUUCUGUGUUUUCUUAGUGCGAAUGUAUUUGGUGUUUUGACAAGUUGAUGUGCAAAGUAUGCAAUUAUUGUAACAGUGAUUUCUGCCUGCCGAUUUUGGCGGUUUGACUUUGUUAUCACGUGUACUCUGUGCGUGCCUUGACGCUACCUUUACCAAAUUACAAUAAGUAAUAAAUUCCACAAUGUCUUCCUACAACAAA